CUACUCAUCACCACAAGGGGCCCGACACUACUUAUUUCAUUGCCUGUUAGCUGUACAAAAAGGCUCUUCUGAAUCUUGCUUAUAGCAAACAACCAGCAUACCAUCAAGAAUAUCACUCAACAAUACCAGUGGACGUCAGCAAUUCAUCGAAGUAACGACCUUCGAAGUCACUCAUCCACAGACUACCAUGACUUCUAUCUUGAUAAUCGGCGCUGGUGUCAUUGGUCUACAGACCGCCGUGACCUUGCUCGAAGCUGGCUACGUCGUCACGAUCCUAGCGGAGCAUUCCCCAGGUGAUGAGUCAAUCAAGUACACAUCUCCAUGGGCUGGCGCGAUCUGGCGGACCCACUCUGCUCCACAUCAAGUCGAGCUGUGUCAGUGGGACAUGGAGAGCUACCGAACCUGGAGACAGAUAAUCCGGGAUGAACCUGGACGGGCUAAGGAUAUGGGGAUUGAGGGUCGCCCGAUUUAUGUAUAUUCAGCUGCAACGAUGUUCGACACAGCGUCUCCAACACUAUGGUUCUCGUCCCAAGUCCAAAACUUCUCCCUCGUCCCCGCGGCUGACCUAACCCCAAACUGCAAAAGCGGAUACAGCUACGACUCUAUCGUCAUCAACCCGCCAGUCUAUCUCAACUAUCUCGCAUCUCGAGCCCGGGAGCUGGGCGCUCAAUUCGUACGGGCUCGAUUACCAGUCGACCAAGGCUUCACACACGCCGUGAAGUCUGCUUUUGCGGCCGUAGAUCGCAGCGAAGAAGAGCCACGAAGGGAUUUUGCUGCUGUGGUAAAUUGCACGGGUCUCGGGGCGAAGGAGCUAUGUCAGGACGAGUCGAUGUAUCCGAUACGCGGGCAGACGCUGCUCGUUCGAUUGACGUCAACGAAAGAGGUCGUUCGGAAAAGGAUCAUCCUUCAGGAAGAUCCUGCUGCAGCGCCUGCGGUGACAUAUUGUUUCCCGCGCCCGGGGACGGACAUGUUCUUGCUAGGUGGCACAAAGAAGGCUGAUGAUAGUAGUCCUGAGCCUGAUGGAGAGACGACUAAGGGGAUCAUUGCACGGUGCAGGAAUGUGUGGCCGGAGCUGAGGGAUGCUGAGAUUGAGGUUGUGAGUCAGCAGGUGGGAUUACGUCCAGGAAGGAAGGAAGGUCCGAGAGUAGAGAUUGAGGAUGUAGAGAUUGAGCAUGGUAGAAAGGUACGUGUGGUGCAUCAGUAUGGGCAUUCAGGGGCAGGGUAUCAGCUUUCUAUUGGCAGUGCAAAGAAAGUUUUAGGGUUAGUACGAGGUAUUCUAGAAGCUUAGAUGUAGGGUUCUACGAAAUUUUGUAGGAUGUAUGAGCCGUUUCUAGUUGAUUAUAUGCUCGAGUAUUUGGGUGUCAAAUCCAAUGCAAUGGUCGAGUCAAUCGGACGUUGAGAAACUCGAUCACUCCGAAGAAAACUCGAUGC